AUGUCCGCCAAAGCCGACGCCGGAGGCGAUAACAUGAUCGAGGCCGAGCAAUUCGCCGCGCCGUUCACGCACCUCGCCCUCGUCGUCGCCGCCUUAGCCCCGACGUUGAUCGAGAUCGAUCCGAAUGUGCAGAUCGUUCUCGUGUCCACGUUGUGCGUCAUCGCGGGCGCGUACCGGAGCGUCCCGAUCGCUCGCGAUGGCGGUGGGGAGGUUAUGACCAAGGGCGACGCCCAGAAGUUCCCGCUUCUCGGUUCGUGCGUCUUGGUAUCGGCGUUUUUGGCGUUUAAGUUUCUGCCGAAGAGUUGGCUGGACUACGCGGUGAGCGCGUACUUCGGAGCGCUCGGGUUGGUAUCGAUCGGUGGGGUGCUGACCCCGGUCGUGCAUGGGAUUUUGUUUAAAGGGAAGAGUUUGAGGAGUUACGAGCUAUUCGGGGUGCCGCGAGUGCGGUGGUUGAACGAGGAGCGGUGGACGUUUGAGUGCACGGCGGCGGAGGUGGCGGCGUACGCGUUCGCCGCCGUCGGCGUCCUAGGGUACGUGAAGACAAAGUAUUGGUUAACUAACAACGCGCUCGGGAUGGCGUUUGCGCUGCAAGGGAUCGAGUUCUUGACGAUCGACAGCGUGCAGAUCGGUUCCAUCUUGCUCGCCGGGUUGUUCGUCUACGACAUUUUUUGGGUAUUUUGCACGCCCGUCAUGGUGAGCGUGGCGCGCUCGUUCGACGCUCCGAUCAAACUUUUGUUCCCAAGAGUGAGCAUGAGCGCGAUCGCGACCGCAGAUAAGCCGUUUAGCAUGCUCGGUUUGGGUGACAUCGUCAUCCCGGGUCUCUACGUAGCGAUGAUUUUGCGCAUGGACAACGCGAGACGCGCAGCGGCCGCGGCACCGAGAAAGUCCGUCACUCGGUCCGAAUCCAAGCGUGCGGCGACGGCGUCUCGAACGGUGAAUCACGAUGCGGGUGACGUCCCCACGUACUUCCCCGCCGUCUCUCUGGGUUAUCUUCUCGGCAUUCUCACCACCAUCGUCGUCAUGAACGUCUUCAACGCGGCGCAACCGGCGCUCUUGUAUCUCGUACCGGGCGUCCUCGGCGCCACCUUUCUUCGCGCCGCGUUCGCGGGCAAGGGCGAGAUCUCAGCCGUGUGGAAUUUCUGUGAGGGUCUAGAGGAAGCUCAGGCCGAGCGCGAGGCCGAGCGCGUCGCCGCCGAGGCGAAGAAGUCAUCUUAA